AUGUGCAUACCCACGUGUACACCAAGUUUGCAUUUUAUUUUUUCUAUUUUUGAUACAAAUAGUGAUUAAAAGUAUUAAUAAAAAAUAAAACAUUUAUUGCUAUGAUAUAGUAAACAUACUACAUUUAUUUAUGUCGCAUUGUAAGAGUGUUUUUUAUAUAUUUCCUUUGUAUUGAACGUGUAUAACCUAUACAUUUUUAAAAAUUUAUUUUACGUGAACAUUUGUUACAAUAAAUAAUGGGUAAAAAUAAUAGACAUCAAAAAAACCUUAAAGCUGAAAAGUCAAAAGUUAAACUUAAAGCGAAUAAGUCGAAAGUCUUACCGAAGGGACAAAAUGUUACUGAUAUUAAUUUCAAAGUUAAAAAAAUUGUCAUCAAGGAGCAAUUAAAACAGCAUGAACUGGAAGAAAUUCUUAGCCGACGUAAAUUAAAUGUGAAGGAUUUAUUAUCUCGUUUACAACAUUACAAUUCAACAGUACGUCAAGAAGCUAUUAAAGAGCUGAAAGAAAUAUUACUUCAAUAUCCGAAGGACGUUUUGAGCUCUCAUUUAAAUAAUUUACUACAAGGAAUUGCGUCUUUAACGUUAGAUAAAGAAAAACCAAUUCGUCAAGAUGGUGUAAAAGUUUUAAAUUUUAUUCUAGAGACAAUAUCAGCUGAACAAUUAGCACCGUUUGCUGAUAUUUUAAUUUCUUACUUGUGUUGUGCAAUGACUCAUAUACAUCCUAGUGUUAAAGAAGACUCUCUUAAUUAUUUGGAUGUAAUAGUGUUACAUUGCAAAGAAUUGAUAGCGAAGAAUACAUGUAGAAUUUUUCCACAUUUCUUGGAUAUGAUUUCACGGCAUCAUACCCAAUCUCAAACUAAUCGUCAACUUUCUAUUACUAUUAGUUCAAGAAAUACAAGCAUUAAAUGGAGAAUUAAAGUACUGGAAAGAUUAUCAAAUAUUUUCAGUGCAAUGAUUGAUAACAAGAAAUUACACCAAAUUCAAAAUAAUUCAAAAACACAAAAAAGAAUUUAUGUUGAUGAUAAAACUUUUUAUAUUCCAUUAUACAAUGAAUACAAUUUAGAAGUAUGUCGAAUUGAUUUUAGUGAAGAUAAUUCUAAUGAACUUUAUGGAAAAGAUUAUCAAGAGGCUCAUGAAUUCAAAAAGUAUAUUGAAAUUUUAAUGCCUUUAAUUUUAGACAGUUGGUUAGAAGUACGACCAAAAGAAAAAUUGACAGGCGAAGAAGCACCAUUGAUUUCUGAUGAAACUGCUAAUUAUUUGAACUCUAUCACAACAAAUAUGCAAUUGAUUAUUGAAUUUGUGGAUCUCAUUCAACCGUUACACGAUGAAAUAAGUAAAAAUAUUUGUGAUAAAUUUCAGAAUAAUUUUGUCAAAUAUUUUUUCAAUCAUUUUCCAUAUAGUAGAUCGAACACGAUCGAAAGAAGUAAGAAGCGACAAGAGGAUUUCAAAAUGUCAGAUAUUGACACUUGUUUAAAGCAGAAUUUAUCAUUAUCUUAUAUAUUUAUGUGGAUGAUUUCUGUCAAUACACUUAGGAAAUUUAGUGAAAAUACAAAAGAGAUUUGUAGAACAAUUCUAGAAUUUAUAACUGAAUCAGUUAAUAAUUGGAAGUGCAGUAAUGGUUUAAAUACACAGCUGAUAAAAUUAUUAAGAUUAAUUUUUAUUAAAUCUAGUAAAAUUUUACAUAAAAACAAUAUCAAUUUAGACUCACUUUUACGAUCGGUGAUCGUUGCAAGCUCUAAACAAUUGAAGAAAGAAUUGUUAGAAGUAUUAGGAGACAUUAUUAUUAAUACUCAUUUAAACCACUUGCACAAUGAGCCUUCGUUCAAAGAAUUUAUAAUGACUCUGCCGGAUUUAUUAUUGAAAGAAAAAAUCUAUGAUAAUACAAUAAAAAUAAUCAACAGCGUGGUACUAAGGUAUCGAAAUUGGAUAAAAGACAAACUUUUUAUGAAACAAACAGAAAUAUUAGAAAAUGCCAAAACUAUUGAAAUUAUUGAUUCAAACAAUGAUAAAGAAUCAAGAUUGAUGAUUUGUAAUUUAUUCCAUUUUUUUAAUGGAGAGAUUUAUUAUUAAAUGUUAUUAAAUCAAAUACUUUGACAAUUAUUUCGAAUUAACUUGAAUCUAUUAUGUGCUUUCACGUUUAAAGAGAAUCCAUUAAAUGAGUACUCUACCAUUAUGGGAUUAUAUCCUAAUUGAUUAUCACAUCUAAUCCGCGUAUUGAGGAUAUAAAUAUAAUUACCAGAAAAUUAUAGUAAGUAUAAUUUAGAUAUAAACAGGUUAAUCAGAAGCUAUUAUAUCACAAACUUACAACUUUCCUUUCUUUAAAAGCUGCAAAGUUUAAUGAGUAUUAGUACCUUUUUUAUUAUUACCAUAAAAAGAUUAACAAUACAAAAUGUAUUUAAGUAUCAAUUAAUGAGUAAAAUUAAAAAAAAAUAAUAUAAAUGAUAAAGAUGUGUAUUAUGAAAUUAGUAUAGGCCGAAAUUUAUUACAAUUUUAUGGUGUAUGACUGAAUUAUGGCGAAAAUCGAUGGCUUUAAGCACUAUUGAACUUGCAAACAGAAGCAGUCAUGUUUUUUUCGGUACGAAAUGUUAAUUUACCUCUUAUAAGUGCAUUAAUUAGAGUGUGAGGUCAUUUAACUCUAAUAACAGUCAAUUUUAUUACUACUGGUCCUAUGCUUUGUUGUGAAUUUAAAUUACCUUAAAUUUUUCUUUAAAGAUGUUGCGAUAUUAUUUAAACGGAUAGUGAAAAAUUGGCAUGAAAUUAAAACAGAAAAUGAGGAGAAUGUGAUGCUGGAAUAUGCUAAAAUGUCAAGAUUUAUAGUAUUUUGUGCACUGAUACUCACAGCUUUUAGUAUUGCAAUAUUUCACGAUGCUGUAUGUCUAGGAAUAGUGAUACGAACAGAAAAUAAUAUAACUGAUAAAAACGGUU